CAGGGGGCAGCUAGUUUUAUCUUCGCAAGCCCUCAACCAUUACGGAGUAUCGAGAGCAACCUCUGAAAAAGCAGAAAGCCUAACAAUGGAGACCCUGCAGCACGGAAGUGGGGCGCCCGCGCCUCCUCAUGCGACUCACCACCAUAUGUAUAAUCAUCCUUUUCUCUUCUGCCCUCACCACCACUGUCACCACCACCACCACCACCACCACCACCACCCGUUUUGUAGGCCGAAACCUCACUGUGGAUUUCACGUGCUUCCUUUCCACCCAUUCUGCCACAUCCAUUUACGCCCGUGCUUUUCUUCUCCUCCUCCCUUUUUUCCUCUCCCUCUUCCUCUUCCUCUUCCUCCGACACUCUCGAGAUUAGUCUCUGAAAAACCUGAACCAGGGUAUUCUCUUUCCAUUGUAGACAAUCAGAAGGUUGUUGGUUCGGAGUCUAAAGAAGCUUACGAUUCAGGAGCACUGGGACAAGAGGACUUGAUGGAAAAAUUGGAAGAAGAAGAAGAAGAGGAAGAACCUGUGUUUGUAAUGACUGAUGAAUGGAUGGAAUUCUUUGCAAAAUCUGAAGCAAAAAGGAGACAAGAGAAGAAGCAAGCAAAGAACAAAGGCAAAAAGUGACAGACAUUCUGAAGCGAACAAGGGCUAAAGGUGACCAUGGGAGAUACAGUCCAUUUCUUAUUCUGGAGUCAUGAUCAAGGAUUCCAUCUUUUACUCAUCCUUAUGAUGUAAAUUUUCUUUCUUUAGUUCUAGUUGUUAAGCUUGUUAAUAGGGCUAUUACAGCCAAAAGUUCCUUGUUUCUCAAAAGCUUUCAAUGCCUUCACCCUAGUUUUUCGAACAGAUGUUAUUUUUUAAGUAGCUCAAUCAUGUAAAUUCAAAAUUGUAAUGAAAAAAAAAAAUGUUUAUGCUAUGAAUCCAUUGUCACUUGUAUU